CCACUUAGCGUUGAUCGUGUGCCUUCAAAACCACACGGUGGUAGUUGAACCAGUUGGGCGUGGCUAAUGAAUUCAUGACGUCAUUUCCCCUCGUCAUUUUCAUCACCACCAGUCCGGAGCAGUCGACCUCAAAUCUGGUGAUGGUGCUGUGGCACCGUGCAGUGGACAGCACACACUGAAGGACAGCGUUUGAUUGUUGUGGACACCAGAACCAGAAAGCCUUCACCAUGAGGGACAGACUCAGCCACCUACAGGAAGUGUCCAGUGGACCUAUGGAGCAGAUGGAGUAUGCAGAGUCUACGUCCGACUCUCUUAGUAAUGUGGACCUGGAGGAGGACGAACUGCAACAUGAGGCUGUUGUUUAUGACAACAGCCCCGCUCUGACAGAAAUCUUCUCCCAAUCACAAGACAUCCACAAGGAGGUCCAACUCAUCCGUCUGGAGGUUAAAAGGCUACGCGAGCAGAACUCUCGUAUGUUCCACGGCGCAACCACAAUGAGCACCAUCAAAAGAGACUCAAACGCCAUUGGGGCCGAUAUAAAAUCCCGGGCUGAGAAUGUUUUAGGCCAGCUGCGAGACAUGGACAGCACGGCCCACAAGUUAGAGGAAACGCACGGUUCCAAUUCCCCCGUCACACGUAUUGCUAGAACCCAGUUUGCUUGCCUCAGUAAUGGUUUCCGUGACGCCAUGUUUGACUAUAAUGAAACUGAGAUGACCCACAGGGAGAACUGUAAAAUCCAGAUCCAAAGGCAGAUGGAGAUAGUGGGGCGAGAGGUGAGCGGGGAGGAGGUGGAGGAGAUGAUUGAGGCUGGCCAGUGGAACAUCUUUACUGACAACAUUGUGACUGAAGGUAAAACUGCCAAGUCGGCUCUCACGCAGAUUGAGAAACGUCACCAAGAGUUGUUGGAUCUGGAGAGCCGUAUCAAAGGCAUACAUGAGAUUUUCCUGGACAUAGCGCUGCUGGUGGAGGAGCAGGGGUCCAUGCUGACCUCCAUCCAAACCAACGUUCAGAAAACAGAUGAAUACAUACAGGAUUGUCUGGUCAAACUGGGCAGAGCCAAGCGUCAUGACAAGAACAACCCAUUCAGGAAGAUGUUUUGCAGCUGUUUCCCAUGUGUUGAUUAAAAAAACAGACAAAGUUGAAGGGUUGAAGAAUGUGCUCCAGUUUAAUAUGUAAUAUUUAAUGAUGUAUUUAAGACAAGUAUCUUUCUGUAAAGAACCUCCAAAUAAAUUGAUGAAACUAUGGAACGGUGUGACAUGUUUUAACUGCAUUUUUUUUUUUUUGGAGGGGUUUGCAAAAACAAAAAUGUCCAUGGAAUAUCUUUAUAAAGUUGUCCAAAAAUAUUGUGAACUUAUAUAAAAAAUUCAGAAAGUUUCAUGAAAAUAUGUAUUUCACUGCCUUGUAUAUUCACAAUAAAAAAGCCACACAGUA